GGAGUCUGACGAGCAUCUGAUGAACUCUAUGACACGAGGCCAAGGAAGAGAGAGAGAGAGAAAGAGCUUGUUAUAUAUAACUGAGGGGGCUGUGUGCCAUCCGAGUAAAAUAAACGUUGGCGUGGGCUUUCUCCAGGCUUCGUACGCAACUGGACAGCCGUAAAAUUUUUGAUUGCCAACAUGUCGAGCCAGCGCGAAAGCGUCGGGGAUCCUCGGUCGGAAGCGUCGAAGAAAAAGGAUCUGAUUGCGCGCGGCGACUAUACACCUACGCCCGCGGGCAAAUUGACCUUUUUUCUGCUCCGCGGCGUUGAGCCUCUGCUCCAAUACUCGAUCCUAGCUCAUGGCCUCGGCACGUCUGUCCUGCACCGCGUGGGACUGCGAACACUGCCGUGUGGCCUUCCUGCGCAGACGGGCAUACGCGUGAUUGAUGGGUUGGGCUUGUCUCCGUACCGCUUGGUGUUGUUGGGAAUGAGCAUUGGAGCGGCAGUCAAGCAGAACAUAUGGGUCACGUCCCUGUCGGGGGAGCCAAUGCCAGUGGGCGGGGCAGUCGUGGUAGGAGUGUUUAAUGCGGCGUUCAAUAGCCUGGCCUCGUAUGCGUUCCUCACGACGAUCACAUCCGCGUCAACCGGAGGCAAUUUCCCACAGCCGGCGCUCCUGGUUGGCGGCUCGCUCUAUGUCGUCGGAAUCCUGACCGAGCUCAUUGCGGAGGUGCAGCGGAAGCGUUUCAAGGCGGACCCAAACAACAAGGGCAAGCUCUACUCGGGAGGCCUGUGGAGCUUUGCGCGACACAUCAACUAUGGGGGAUACACGUUGUGGAGGGCUGGAUACGCCAUGGCUGGGGGAGGAUUCGCGCUGGGCGCCUUGGUCGCAUCCUUCUUCGCUUACGACUUCAGCCAGCGUGCCAUUCCCGUCCUCGGCGAGUACUGUGAAAAGCGCUACGGGGCGCAGUACGACGAGUUCAAGAAGACGACGCCGUACAAGCUGAUUCCGUAUAUUUACUGAUAUUCCAUUGGGCGACGCUGGGACACGGCUGCAAAAAGCAGAGCGAGAAUGUGGUGAAUUCGGCAAGAUCCGAGCCCUGUUCGGCUCCAGAAAAGCAUAUCAUAUAGCCUGCAUCGUGUGGUUCCACGUGCCUGCUUAGUGUUUUUUUCUUUCUUCUUUUCUUUUCUACUAUUCUCGCAUCCGCUGCACAAAGGGCCGAUAUGUGCAUGCACAAGGCCUUG